UGUUACCUUGGUCACUUUGAGACAACCUCACACUGGCUGGACCCACAGAUCCUACUGGGAGCUGCUGACAAGUUCUAGGAAGAACGGGCUCGUGGUUGAUGACUUCUCUCUGUUUUCUGGGCUAGAAACAAGUUGAGGGAGGGCAAGAAGACGGAGCAUCGUCAGUCCAUCCAGUAUCAGAACCAGAACCAGAGGAAGUUUCCAAACUUUUGGAAAAUUUUCAAAGCAGCAGCUCAGCCAUGAAGGUUUUCAACUUGCUGUACUUGUUGGUGCUGCUCACAGCGUUGGUAGCUCCCAUGAUUUCAGUCAGACCAGACUUCCUGAACCUGAAGAGAAAAUACCACAGACACCACUGUCCACACAGGCGCUGCAUGCCUCUCCACUCCAGAGUCCCGUUCCCCUGAGGCAGAGGAAACUCUUCAGAGGAGUGAGGAUGGAUGUGAUCCUGGGCGGCGUGGAUGGAUCAGUCAGGACAGACGGACGCAGGAGUUGGAGGAGAGAAAUCCUUGAAACGCCACUCAGAGACGACCACGACGCCACGCCAAAGGGAGAACUUCAAAGUCAGCCUCUCCUCGAGACUUAAGAUGAAAAACUGUUCAUUCAGGACAGAGUUUAAACCAUAAAAGCUGACAGCGGCGCAGCGUGGCGUUCACAGAUGUGACUUCAGAGACUUGGAGCUCCAUCCUGGAGUCACAUUUCAUAACCAGGAGAGAGAAGAUUUAUCAUGAAGAAUGUUCAGCGUUUAGCAGAAACACUGCAGACCAAAGAGACUGAACAAUCUGUUUAUAAUGUAUGUAUCUAUGAAUGAACUUCCGCUGCUGACUGAGAAACUUUUUCACCUUUUUAAUAAAAAAAGUGCAGUUGUAUUAUUUUUACUUCUCCCAUUCUUCCUUCAAAAGAAAAAAAUAUCAGAAACUCAGUCAAGUUAGAUGGUGAACAUCUGGGACGAUAAAUUUUCUAAGUAUCUCCGCAAGUUCUCAAUUGGAAUCAAGUUUGAACUUUGACUAGGCCAUUUCAGGACAGUCAUAAGGUCCAUAAGUGAAAUAAUGGACCUUAUGACUGUCCGUACAGACGGCUCCAUUGCAUUUCUGGCUGUGAGUUUAUGUCUGUGACAGAGGCGAACUUCUGUCACUGCUGAAGAUGAGCGACCCCACAACAGUGCAUGAUUCAUAGUUGACCUAUGGACAUAUUGUCCCACCUGAGAUCUGUUAAAAUGUGGCUGAAUCAGUUGGAUUAAUCGCCAUGAAUCAAUUUUUGAAAUAAUUGUUUACUGGAGGAAACAGUUGCUGAAAGAAUAUAUUCAGAGCAGUAAUUAAGCCAAAAGUGUAAAAAAAACCAAACAUCCCCCUCCCUCAUAAUACACUUUACAUUUCAUAUAAAAAAAGAAAUAUGUAAAAGUAUUUUACCCAGAACUCCUUAAGUGGAAUAUUUUUAGCCUAACCAGAUUCAAAUUCUGUAAAAAAAACAAACAAAAAAAAAA